GUGGAGUUCCCUGAAUCUCGCAUUCACGAGGAAAUGCUCUUUCUCUUGUCAGUUGCUACUCGGCAGCCGAGUGAUGCUGAGCUUAUCGAAAUUGCAACUCAGAAGGGAACCACAAAUAGUAACAGUCCAUUUUUUGCGCUCUCAGGCUUGGGUAGUGGUGGGGGAAUGCCCAGUACGACAGGCAAUGGUACCGAUAUAGUGAGUGGGAGCGGAGGUGGGCCCGGACGGCUGUUUGGCGGUUCCGGUAGAACUGGUGUUUCUGCCGCUAGCGGUGGUAUCGUUAACAAUGCUAAUAAUGGACCUGUAAGUAGUAUUGUUGGCAUCAGCUCAUCUCCUACUGGUGGUUGCGCUGGCCCUGAGGCAUCUAGUGGGAGCCAAACAGUGUCGUCAUCGGCUACUGGGAUAGAUCGCGAAGACCGAGAUGAUGUCAGCCCAGCUAAUGCUGUGCUUAAUGUUCCUCUAAGUCAGCUAAUGGUUGCUGCGGCUGCUGCCGCUGCUGCAGGUCUCUCCCAGGACGCAUACGCCUCAGCUUUGUCUCAGCCCGCGUCCCAUCACCAUCAACAGCAGCAGAGUCAACAUCAUCAUCAGGCCUUGAUCCCUACGCCUGGAAAUUCUGUGGCCGCUGUCGGUCUCACAGCUUCACCUGCAGGCUGCAACUCACUCAGUGGACUUAUGCGCCUUUGUCGGCGGUAG